AUGUUACGCCAGUGUGGUGUAAAUAAGUACUCGAGGGUUUUGCUCUUACGAAAACUGACAGUUCCGGAAUCGGCAAAAUUAUUGGGCGUGGGUGAAAACGCCGAUAAUAAAGAAAUCAAAGCUGCGUUUCUAAAAAAGGCGAAGCUUUACCAUCCUGAUAAUCAGGAUGGAGGAGAUGCUGAGAAGUUUAAAAAGUUGACAAAAGCAAAAGACGUUUUAGAAAACUAUCAAAAAGUCCGAGCUACUCGCGCGAAAACUGGAAGUUCUUACAGUACUGGAACACCGUUUUCAUACAGAAAUAGAACUCAUUCGAAGUAUAAUCCUUCAGAGCGUAAACAAGAAGAUGAUGGAUAUGAAAAUUAUAUUAGAUACAAGAAAAUGAAAUAUGACAUUUAUGAAGCAGAAAGAAAAGCAAACUGGGAACGGGAGAAGCGUAAAAGUAUCCUGCUUUUCUUUGCGUUCAGCUUUUUUCUUCUUCAAAUGACGAUUUCGUUGAUAUCGUUUACUUCUGAUGACAAAAUUAUAAAGCGAAGAAUUCUUCAAGUUGCCACAGCAAAAAGGACUAAUCCAGAGUUCGUGAUGAGCGACUACUGUACAUAUUACGUGCUGCGUGCCAACAUGGUUUUCCGAUUCAAUCUCAUCGCUCGACCUGUUCUCCGAGCCAUUCAGGUUCGACCUCUGACCGUAUCCGUCCGAAAUCUCUUGGAAUCAGACAAAGUUUUUGCAAAGAUGGGUGAGCGAAUCAACGAAGAAACAGUUGGAAAAGUCCAGGGAGUUUUCCGAUUCGAUAUUGUCGAAGGUAAAAGGAAGAUCGUCAAAUCCUGGACCGCUGAUCUGAAGAAUGGCGAGGGAUCUCUUGUUGAAGGCGAAGGUGUUCGACCUGACUGUACCAUCGUUUUGUCUGAUGAAGUUCUCUGCAAGCUGGCAGCUGGCGAGUUGAAUGCGCAGAGCGCCUUUUUCGCUGGAAAGUUGAAGAUCAAGGGAAAUCUCAUGCUUGCCCAGAAGCUCAGCGCCAUUAUCUAA